CACAGACGGCGAGAGAUCGUCGGACAGCUCUUGUUACUGACUGAGACAGCGACAGCUUUACUGUGACUAGCGAUGUAGGAUAGCAGGAGUGACGUAGGUUUGAGAGCCCGAGUGAGGGGAUAUGUAAUGCCCAGCUCGCCGUGCCUGGGGACACCCUACUAACUGUGGCGCUUGCGGAUCCUGUCACUCCAGUUCUAAGAACACGGAAUAGUCGCGUUGUGGUAUCAGACUGAUACAACUACACUUUGCUUUCUCAUAGAGCUUGGCGCAGUGUCUAAUGCUGGCAUGUCCGUCUCCUGUCCCACUCGCAAGAAGCUGCUAAUAUUUCAUUUACUGAACUGAGUCGCUGCAUAAGAAGAUGGAAAUAUUACACCACACCAGCAAUUCUGGCUUAAAAUCGUAUCAUUUCGGCUAAUCCCUUGAACUGGGAUCAUGAGUUUUUAUUAACCACUGUUUUUAUUUUUUUUAAAGCCAGUGAAAACAUAGUCAUUUUGUUAAAGUUCCUUUUUUGUAUUCGUAGUCAUUUAGAUGUAGGACAUUUUUAUUAUAAUUGUUAUUAUAGUAUUAGGAAAUGAACGGAUUUUCAAUCAAGGAGCUGUGCUGCGUUUUUUGUUGCCCGCCAUGUCCUGGUACAAUUGCUGCAAAGCUGGCUUUUGUACCUCCCCAGCCCACCUAUGCUGUAAUACCAGAGCCAGAUGCCCUGCCAGCCGGAGGGAAUGGACGAGUUGGAACUGGGGUCCUAGGGAGAUGGAAACUACACCUCACAGACCGGGCAGAUUUUCAAUACACUCAGCGGGAACUGGACUGCAUAGAAGUUUUUAUGACCAAGAGCAGUCGUGGGAAUAGGAUUGCCUGCAUGUACAUACGUUGUGCGCCUGGUGCUAGGUUCACCCUUCUAUUUUCUCAUGGGAAUGCUGUGGAUUUGGGACAGAUGACCAGCUUUUAUUUAGACCUGGGUACACGCAUCAACUGCAAUAUCUUUUCCUAUGACUACUCAGGAUACGGGUGUAGUUCUGGAAGGCCUUCUGAAAAGAACUUGUAUGCUGACAUUGAUGCAGCAUGGCAUGCUCUCCGGACAAGGUAUGGAAUCAGUCCAGAAAACAUCCUUCUUUAUGGCCAAAGUAUUGGCACAGUCCCAGCUGUGGAUUUAGCAUCCCGUUAUGAGUGCGCUGCUGUAAUCCUGCAUUCAGCUCUAACCUCUGGUAUGCGGGUCGUCUUGCCGGACACUAAGAAAACCUAUUGCUUUGAUGCCUUCCCAAAUAUUGAUAAAGUGUCAAAGAUAACUUCCCCAGUACUGAUAAUGCAUGGGACAGAAGAUGAAGUCAUUGAUUUCUCGCAUGGCUUGGCACUGUAUGAACGAUGUCCCAAGACGGUGGAGCCUCUGUGGGUAGAAGGAGCUGGACAUAAUGACAUUGAACAAUACAGUCAAUACUUGGAGCGUCUAAAACGCUUUAUCACACAAGAGCUGGUUUCUCAAAACAGUAACUGAUGUCCAACCUUGCUAUUUCCGUUCUCCCUACUUUGAUUUAUCCCAAAUCAAACUUUCUGACUUUAUGAUCUCUGUAUCAGCUUCUUCAGGUUGCAUUAUUCUUGUCCUCUGUAAAUAAAAGAAAAGAUGAAAAAGA